CCCUCCUGGCGCCAUCUGAUUGGCCGACGCCCGCCCCUACCCGGCCCUGACCCUUUUCCCACCGGGGAUACCCGAUCUUACUCUCGCCUACCCGGAAAUGGCUGGGCUAUUCGACCAACAGACUACCAGCAGACCACGCUCACGAACACCGGUCACCAACACCCCGCACUCGAGUUCCGACGCUUCCGACGGCGGGCGGAGGCGGACCUAACGCGGCUAACGCGGCGGAACUCUCAUUUGAAGUGGAUCAGUGGAUCUCUCUCCUGCAACGCGGCGGAAUUCUCGUUUGAAGUAGAUCUCGCUUCUGCAAGUAGAUCUCGCUCCUCAACCCACCAAGUCUCUCGCGGUUAAUCUCGGUACUCGUACCUGAACGGUCUACUGGCAUCGGCAGAAUAUGAGCGAUGAAGUAGAGGACACCGCGGUCCUCGCGCAAGGCGCGUGCUACUCCACCACCAGCCAUCUUAGGACAGCGUUUAUUCUGCGUGUACCACCACUCUCUCUAUCUUUCCCCAUCUAUCUCCUGUGGCAAGCCCGCAGUUCCUUGUCUCUCCCACGUACUCACGAGAGGUCGAAGUCAAGGAAGUAUUAUCGCUGUNAAUCUGAGGUCCCACGGCAUCCACUGCUUGCUGCUGCUGCAUUACUGUACGAUCCUCUUCCUACACAACAAUGUGUCAUAUAUCUCCGGUCUUGAUCGAGACAUAACCACGGCAUCCACUGCUUGCUGCUGCUGCGUUGCUGUGGACGAACGACCCUCUGCGUACACAACACCGUGCCAUACAUCUCCGGUCUUGAUGUGUCUAUACAUGUACAUGUAUUCCAGAUGAAAGCGACACCCUGAUGCUUCUGAGCCUGAUGCUUCCAUGGACAUACCUGAGCUGCGUCAUGUAUUUGUGUGCAGCUCAAGUGAUCACGUGAGGUAUUGAGAGGUAUUCAUCCACCGCCGCCCGCCUGGCCCUCUCUCUCCUCCCUCUCCGAUACGAAACGAGGACCGAAAGAGUUCCGCCGUCGGCGGUGGGUUGCAGGAGGAGUCUCGCAGGAGAGAGAUCUACUGAUCCACUUCAAACGAGAGUUCCGCCGCGUUAGCCGCGCUAGUUCCGCCU